AUGGCUUCCCAUCUUCCUACAGAGAGCAGCACCCUUUCUCCACUGCCAGAACUUCUACGAGAUGGUCUGAUUGCCGUAACUGUCUUCGGCUUCCUUUCCAUAGUAACGACGACGCUCCUCAUUACCUACAUCACGUAUCGGCUAGUCAAAUGGGAACGGGUGGUACGCCGACCAUCGAGCCGGAGAACGGAAUACAGCAUCGAAGAUUACCGCAAUUGCGCAAGGAGUGACGACUUGUCCCUCGGGUUAGAAGAACGGCACUACCAUCAACUCAAAACAAAGUCCAAGGAACCACUCAGCGAGCCGGCCACACCACUGAAGCAGGAUGAGUUCCCUACAGCUGCGAAGUUAGAUGUGAAGUGGAACCCCGUACUUAUGCUCGUGUACAACCUGCUAUAUGCCAAUCUGAUGGAGGCGCUGGCAUUUUUGCUGAGUGUGGCAUGGCUCAGACACGAUGGCAUCAUCGUACCGUCAGCCGCUUGCUGGACACAAGGCUGGUUCAUGCAGGUUGGCAAACUAGUAUCAAGCGGCAUGUUGGUUCUAAUUAGUAUUAACUCCUACUCAACGAUCGUGCGAGGAUACAAGCCAUCGCGACGUGUUAUAUAUAUCGCCACGGCUGCCGUCUGGGUUAUUGCAAUCACUUUGCCCUUAAGCAGCGUGCUGACCACAAAGAAUGGUAUCGAUCACGGUGGAUUCUAUGCUAGAGCUGGUGCCUGGUGCUGGGUGAAUCAAGCCUAUGGUACGGAGGCAUUGUGGCUUGAAUACUUCUGGAUUUUCUUGGCCAUGGGCCUGACGGUACUACUUCUCGGCGUCACUCUUUUCUCAAUGCUUUGGAACAACCAAUCUGCUCGCCAUUUGCCGUCGCAGGUUUCUGCCACCGCAAGCGGGAUGGAACUCAGAGAAAAAGACGAACCCCCGAAGCCCUCUGGGCAGCACCCUGCCUUCUUGGCCUAUCAGGCCAUUUAUAUUCUGUGUACAGCCCCGCUCGCAAUUAGCCGUAUGGCUGCUAUGGGCGGCGUAAAGGCCGGUUGGACAUUCUACAGUAUUUCAGGCUCUCUUAUUGCAUCGCAUGGUACGUUUUUAUUGCACCUUUCAAUCUUUUGCGUCAUAUCACCACAAAACUGUACCGGUAGAUGGUGGCAUUAUCCAAACUUGCAAACUUAUAUCACAACCCUUGGGAUCAUGACAUUCGAGAAACCGGACUCGACUGGUUUUCUUUUGUGCGUACGCCAGAGAGAAGGUAUGGAAAUCUGGUCUUGGUUCGAGGAGGCCAACAGCCUGAGGAGCUCGAUCCGAAGGAUUGUUACAGCUCUUGGUGGUGGCCUUGGCGGUUUACCGGGCCUGACACAGCUGAUGGACUUCCUGAACAUCAUCAUCACCGCACUGUGA